AUGGAGGACGAGGACGUUGAUGAAGACGUCGAUGACACCGUGGAUGGACCUUUCGACGUCGCUGAGUGUGAAGUCUCCCUACACGAGGAUGAUCAGCUAAACGACAAGCCGAAUCGAACGGGAUUGCCCAGGAACGUGCUCAUCGAGCUUGGAAAGGAUUUGAAACGGCAGCGCGCGACUGAGAGUAGUGGCAUGCUUUCUAAUAUCGCGAGAAAGCGCCAGUCGUUGGACAAGUUCAUUGCUGGAGCUGCGGAGGCUAACGCUAAGGCGUCGUCAGAUUUCAUGUCUAUGAUGAUGAUCAUGGAAGCGCGUUCGACUGAGCGAGAAGAACAACGUCACAUGAGAGAAAUGGAAUGGCGUGCCGAGGAGCGCGUCCGCCAUGACCGCCGCGACGAGUUGCACAUGAUGUUGAUGGCCAAGCUCUUUGAUAGCAAGCACAAGUAA